CACUAGGGGGCGCUUGACACCUUGAAGGUGGGUUCACUAUCUUCCCAGCGGUGUGUGAAAGCCAGUUCAGCUCCUGAACCCCACAAUUGUUCAACAGGCUUUUGGUGCCUUACCGAUUUCAGAAGACAGAAUCUGGACGACUAGGACAUUUUCUUUCGGCACUCAUAUGACAGAGGCAGCAGCAUUGUGUAUGGUUUAAGCAGGCAAGCUCUUCAAACCCUGGCCAUGGGCAAGUAUGAAUCCUGAACACAGAACGAUAGCCACAAGACAGUGGACCAGGAGUGCCGUGGCCUACCACACUAGGUCUACAGCCAUGAAGAAGAGGAUGUCUCUGAAGAGGAUGAGCACACCAUCCUUCCAGAAGCGGAGGAGAAGGCCUUCUCGCCAGGCCCUGGGGAACAUUGUGGGCUGCAGAAUUUCUCAUGGAUGGAAGGAAGGUGAUGAGCCCGUCACACAAUGGAAGGCCAUCGUUCUAGAUCAACUGCCAACAAAUCCCUCUCUCUAUCUGGUCAAGUAUGACGGGAUUGACUGUGUUUAUGCACUUGAACUUUACAGCGAUGAGAGGAUUUUAAAGCUUAAGGUCUUGCCUCACAAAGUAGUGUUUCCUCAAGUGAAAGAUGCCCAUCUCGCAAGUGCCAUGGUUGCCCGAGCUGUGGAGCAUAAAUUUGAGAACAAACAUGGCUCUAAGGACAACUGGAGGGGGGUGGUCCUGGCCCAGGUGCCAAUCAUGAAGGACUGGUUUUAUAUCACCUACGAGAUAGAUCCAGUUCUAUACAUCUACCAACUCCUGGAGGAUUACGCAGAAGGUAACCUCCGUAUCAUUCCAGAGACUCCUCCAGCAGAGGUGAAGUCAGACGCUGACAGCGACAUCUUAACAGGUCAAUGUGUGCAUUACACCAGAAGCGACGGGUCCAAAAAGAUAGGCAAAGUCAUUUACCAAGUUCUAGCCAAGCCUUCUGUGUACUUCAUCAAGUUUGAUGGCGACGUCCACAUCUACAUCUAUAAUCUGGUGGAAAAGAUCAGUUAAGAUACCCAAGGGCCUUUGACAACUCCAGUAUCUUUUCCAGUGGAAUUUGUUUUUGCUCUAAAAAUUAAAAUGUGUGAUGUGACAUGUUGUGUCUGACCACUUUGGUGGAGGAGACGGGCUUUGGUGGAUGGAACAUCUAGAGGAAGCCAGAAAAGUCAACGCUGUGAACAGAUGUGAGCUCUCAGGAACUACUCCAGCCAUGCCUGCCUGCCUGCCAGCCUGCUGCCAUGGUGUCUACCACGAUGGUCCAUGGACUCACCCUCUGAUACUGUAAGACCGC